CAUAAAAUUAGUUAGUGGAUAUGUCCUUUAACUUAGGUAAUUUAAUUCUGACAAAUCAUGUAAGGUGAAACGUGUGUUAAUUGGGUUAUUAUAGGUCUUCUCUGUAGGUGUUUAAACCCGAUCAACAGUUUGAUGGGCGGGUUGUGUUUCCCUUCUUCCGAUUCUACACACAGACAUCUCACGCUAAUUUCGAUAUUGCCACUGAUUUCUAAAUCAACGUACCAACUAAACCGGAAAUAAACCGUAACCGGUUAAAGCUAUGAGCGAUUUAUUAGCUGAGACACUAACACGGAGUGACUCGGUUGCUAAGAAGCGAGUCAGACACGAGUUGGACGAGCUAGUUCUCGACUCGCCUGGCGUGAAGCGGUUCAGAGACGAUUUAUUCGAUGACUCGGGUCAUGACUCAGAGAUUCAAGAUCUUGACUCGUUGAUGAAAAGCUUCGAGGAUGAGUUGUCGUCGACCACGACGGAGCAAGGCUCGGGCGACACUCUGGCGGAUCUUGGUUACCUUUUUGAAGCUUCCGACGACGAGCUAGGUUUGCCUCCGCCACCAUCCCCACCGUCGACGCUUCUUCCUCCGUCGUCUGAAGAAACGGAGAAGACGGCGACGGAGUUGGUACGCGCGUUGUCGGAAGUCGACGUAGCAUGUUACGAAUAUUCCGAUGUUUGUUUAGAUUCCGGUGACAUGUUUUCAUGGCGGCCGGAAACUUUACCGGCGGAGUAAACAAUAAUCCCGAGUGUUUUUGUAAAGCGAAACGGUGGCGUUUGUGGAAAGCGUGUGGCCAUAUAUAGGAUCUCUAUGUAAAGAUUUUUAGGACUAGAGAGAUCAAAUGGUUAGUGUAGUAAAUUGCUUUAGAUUAGUUUAUAAGAAUCCAUUUUACUUUGUUCCAGGAUCUGUUCUGUUGAUCUUGAAUCAUCUUCUUCCUUUGUUUGUGUUAAAAUUAAAGUAUUGUCAAGAAUUUAAGCCCAUAUAUUUAUUAGCAUAUGAGAUUGAGAUCA